AUGGAAGAAAUGGUUGUGGGCCAGUGUGUGUUCUCAGAUAAGGCCUGUGUGCUCUGCUGCGUGUUCUUUCACUCGGAGUUCUUUCCCUUGGGAUGUGACGUAGGGUGUCCUCUCUCCCUGGCCCCGGCCUCGGCCUCCCUUUCCUUCCAGCUGGAGACCUCGCUGCGGGAGAAGAUGAGAGCUGGCGGCUUCACCACCUUGAAGCGGCUGUUCAGGAGCUUGGACCCAGAUGGCAGGGGUCUGGUGCGAAGGGCCGCACUCCCUGCUGUGCUGGCCAAGUUCCUGGGAAAGGCCGUGAGUGUCCAGCACUGUCAGAGACUCCUGCUCAGGCUGAAGCUCCAGGACAAGAAUCCCAUCAGUCUGGAGGAGUUGUAUAUGGCGGUGAGAGACACUCUUCCUUCUGCUGGCGUCCCUGAGCGGUUUGACCCUUUCCAGCGGCAGGGAGGAGGGACACUGAAGACGGCCUCCCAGGUGCACGCCCAGCUCCAGGAAACAGCGAGACAAAGGUUCUUGGAUCUGCUCCCCCGGAGGAGUCGGGCCGAUGGGGGCAGGAUUGUGCGGCCCGAGUUCAAGGACAUCCUGACCCAACUGGGCUUUCACCUGGAGGACAGAGAAUUCGAGAAACUCUGGGCGCGGUACGAUACGCGGGGCCUGGGGAUUCUCACCGGAGAAGAUCUGUGGCAACGACUGGGACCUGGCCCUCCAAACUCAACGUCCAACAAGCCAGAGGGGCCAGGGCGAGCCCAGGACAACUUGGGGACCACGCAGGAGCGGACGAUUUCCCUCGCCAUUGAGAGGUGGCUGCAAGACAAGCUCAGGGAAGGAUGCAGGAGCCUGAAGGAGGAAUUUGAAAAGUGCGACCCCCAAAAGACGGGCAAGGUGGAGGAAGGAGAUUUCUUGUCCAUCCUGGAGAAGUCGGGCCUGGAGCUACAGAAGGAGAACAUGGACCUCUUCCUGGACAGCUCCUGCAGGUGGCACCGCCAUGGGCGUGGCGGCCACGCCUCCUCCUUGACCGCCAUCGAAGACAAGUUGGCCAACUUGCUGCAAUCUGCGUUCCGCUCUCUCUGGGCCACUUUCCGAAAGAUGGACAAGCAGGAGGAAAACGUGCUCAGCCCCCAGACCUUCCGUGCUGUCCUUGAAAGCAGAAUGGGCGAAAAGAUUGCUGACCGGGACUUCGAGCCGUUCCUGGACCGACUUCCCCUGGACAAAGAUGGGAAUGUGCGCUACCCCCAGUUCCUGGCCUCGUUGGAGCACUGGGGUCCCACCGCCCCCAGUCCCCACGAGAGGAGAUCUGCGGCAGCCUCCGUUUCUGAGGUUAACGAGGACGCCCCCACACCCCACUCCCAGGCCCGGCACCCCCAGCCAGAGGCCCGAGCAGGAGGAGGCCGCAGGAGGAGCCCGGAUCAGCUAUUUCAGGUGCUCAAGGGCCUCGUCUCGCAGCGCUAUCGCGCCCUGGAAAAGGAAUUUGAGGAACUCGACUCCAUGAAUUCCAGGCGCCUCAGCCAGGAGACCAUGUACUUCCUCUUAAAGCGGCUCGGCAUCCACCCGGAAGUCUCCCGAGGGGAGAUCCGCAGCCUGUGGGAUACGCUGAUAACGAACCAGGACAAGACUCUGGACUUCCUGGAGUUGGUGCGGCACUUCGGCUACUCCCCCAAGUCGGCCUGCUACCCUAAUGCCAAGAUCUGCCCCCCGAGGAGGGGGGACCACAACUUCAACUUGUGCUCCAAGAAGCUCAGCUGCGACUCGGACAUCCUCGUGGACAGGGUUCGAACUCAGGUGGCCUACCGGGGGGAAGAUCUCCAGAAGGAGUUUCAAGACCUGGACCCCCUGGGCACCGGCUCGGUCGGGAAGGAGGAGUUCCGCGCCAUUCUGAGCGAGCUGUGCGCCGGCCUGAACGAACACGAGUGCGAGGCUCUGGGGAAGAAGUUCGAAACCCGCGGAGGCGGGAGGGUUUCGUACCUGGAAUUCCUGCAGCCCUGCGCCCUGCGGAGAGAGAUGUGGAAGGGGGGGCGCCACAUGGCAGCCGCCAUGCGGCCCCCCGUGCCCCGAGGGGCGAGGAAAGAGCAUGACCCCGGGCUCCGGGAGGCGAAGGAAGAGCCAUCUGCGGGAGAGGAGGAUCUCCGCAGGGGCCGCCAGACCCUGUGCAAGGCGCUCCGGAACCUGGACGAGAACAACCGGGCCCACCUGUCUCUCCCGCAACUCCAGGCUGUGCUCCGGGCAGUGCUCCGGCUGUGCUCCGAGCAGUGCUCCCAGCGAUGCUCCGGCUGCAGAGCCACGAUGAAGAGGAGCCCCAGCUCCGGCCCAGCUUCGCUGGAUCGCCGGGGCCCCUGACUCCCAAACCCCCCUAUUCCAUGGAGAGAAGCAGCGUCGCUUAGAGGAAAGAUCACAGG